UGUAAGCAUCACGACGAGGAGGACUCACUGUUCCUUUCAUCUGCAUUUCGGCUGAAUAAUAUUAGUAUCGACCCAGUCUUGUAGUUUUAGCAGUCAAAUGGCCUGUCAGCGGUAAAACAGCAGCUGCUGCUCAGCGAACGCUCGCGGAAAACGUCGCCGUGUUACCGACGCGUUCGAGCAGAGUCGUGCUAUUUGUUGUUGGUUCGAAAAGUUUUAAUGAGGAUCGUAAAGGAAGUCAGCACAGGUGGCGUUUCUAGCGUAAAGUAACGUUAGAUGGCGACGGUUCUAUCGCUGUGGAUGGUUAUUAGAAAGUGGUCCAUAUACGCGUGAUAUCCCCGUUUGCCGUUUCGUGAGAAAAAUGAAACACUGUAUAUGGUCUCGUCUUAGCAAAUAGUAAUAAUAAUCUAUAUGCAUGUGCCGAGACCUUCCGUCAUCUGAAUCGAUGUUUGUUGCUGAGCUGUGGCUACCUGCGCUACAGUGGGGGUUGGGAUGUUUGGGAGGUCGUCGUCACCAGUAGACGCUUAGCCUUAUAGUCACGGUAAAGUUAGUUAGUUUGGUCCGCUACCUGGCUAACACUGCUGAGUUAGCAGCCCUCCAGUCCUGCCAGGGAGCCGUUGUGAGGAGUCAACGUCAGAGGAGAGCAGACAGAAAUGCAUCGCGACGCAACUAUGUUUCAGGUGGUGGAAUUUGAGACGGACUGUAAGAGUAGUCAGCUAGCUAGUUAAAUUACUGGUAGUCAGAUUGGUUACUCGCUAGCAAGCAGCUUGACAACUCCAUUACCUAACGGUAGCUGUUACUGGCGUUCGCUAUCAGCUGUCUUUGUGUUAGCCAGUUGGACAAUACAGUGCGACUCGAUGGAAGCGUACAGUAGCAUGCUAACAAAGCGAUGCUUUGUUGUUGGAUAGGGGGCAGCUGGCACCAACACACGGGUUUCACAGCUGAUAUUAUCGCUUAGCUAAUACAGCAGGUCUCAGUCACAGAGUGUUUGGGGGUGCAGAAACCGUUGUGUUGCUGUCAAGGCUGUGUGUGAUUGAAGAAGAAGAGAAGACUCUGCAAGAGAGCCCUGAGGACAACCUGAUGACACUGGACAAGAUGAAGCCCGAGCGAGAUGCAACGGAGGAAUUUUUCGAGUACGAUGCUGAGGAGUUCCUGGUGUUCCUGACCUUGCUCAUCACUGAGGGAAGGACACCAGAAUAUUCUGUGAAAGGCAGAACCGAGGGGCUGCACUGUCCACCGGCCCAGUCGGCAAUGCCGCCUCUUCACAAGCAUGAAUGCAGCGACAAACUACCCCAGUGUCGGCAGGCGAGACGAACUCGUUCGGAGGUGAUUCUGCUUUGGAGGAACAGCAUCCCCAUCAUGAUUGAGGUCAUGCUCCUGCCCGACUGUUGCUAUGGUGAUGAGUGCCCCCCAAGUGACCCCAUCAGCGACCCGGUCAUCAAACAAGAUGCUCUGCUGCUGGAGAGAUGGACCCUGCAGCCAGUUCCAAGACAAAGCGGUGAUCGCUUCAUUGAGGAGAAGACCCUGCUGUUGGCUGUUCGCUCCUACGUCUUCUUCUCCCAGCUCAGCGCCUGGCUCAGUGCCUCCCAUGGCAUCGUCCCCAGAAACAUCCUGUACAGGAUCAGUGCUGCUGAUGAGGAGUUGGUGUGGCAGUUCUCCCAGCCGCCUUCAGAGCACAUUUUCCCCGUCCCCAAUGUAUCUCAGAGUGUUGCGCUGCAGGUUCGUGUCCAGUCCCUCCCCCGCCAGCCCACUUACCCCACCCUGGCCUGCAGCAUCCAUACAGGCCUGCCUCCACUUUACAGCAAGACCCCCAGCCUCAACCCAAACCUUAACAGCCAUGGUGGCCUGCCCACCCUCAAAAAGAGUCAGGACCCCAGCAAAGACAACCUCCUUCAAAACUCGAACAUGUACGGCAAGAGCUCCAACUCCAUGUCUGGCCUUCUCCUCAAUGGAUUACCCAUUCCUAAUCUUCCCAUCAACAACAUCCCCAUUAACAGCCUCCCCCACACUGCUGUGCCAGCUCCCUACAGCAAGAAGAACCAGGAGCCUGGGGAAGACCAUACGUAUCAGAAUGGAGAGCUUCCGCAGGUCAACAUCCCCCAGCAUCAGGGCUCGCCACUUUUCAAUAGGUCCUCUCAGUCCCCCACGCCCUCCCGCUCCCAUUCCCCUUCUCCGCUUCCUGCAAGUAAAGCAGGGAAGUGGCUAUACUCUGCUCUCAAUGGCUCAUCUGACCCCACACAAGUAGAGGACUAUGGGUCUGGCACCAACAGCAUUGACAGGUCAAAGGGGCCCAUCCCCGAGCCACUGAGAGCCUUUAAGAAUUUCUCCUUGGCAGAGCCACCCCGCUGCCUCUCUCCGAGGCCUGCUGCAACCGAGACAAACCCCCUGAUUGGCUCGCUGCUGCAGGAGAGACAAGAAGUUAUUGCCCGCAUUGCACAGAGGCUCAACUUCUGCGACCCCACAGCACCGCCACUCCCUCCCGGCCUUUUUGCUUCUGACAACCCUCCCAAAACCAUGUGGGGCAGUAACCAUGAUGACAUAACUGCCAGUAAGACCAAAGAGCCCGAGGUACCACCCUAUGAGUCUGUUGGACGUGUGUGGCCAAGCCCCUUCAACACACCUGUGACUGACGCUCCUUUUAGCAAACGGGAGAGCUCUUCUCCUAAACCUGCAGCCUGCAGGAAGCUGAAAAUGGCUGAGACAAGGGACGGAGAGGAGGAGAGGAACGGAGAGAGGCAGAGAGAGAGAGAGAAGGAGAAAGACAAGGAGAGGGGGAGAGACAGCUCCCUGAUCGCCCAGGCAGUACAAGACAUUACUAGACUCAUCCAAGAGAGACUGUCUGUCCCUUCUCUGUCCCCCCGGCACAGCAGGAGCGGCAGCCCUCUGCACCACACUCACACAACAACAGUCACACACACAGUCCGCACAUACUCACACACCACAAACGUCCCACAAGCCUCCUCACACACUGCCGCCAACGGCUACGCCAACGGCCACAUACCCAGCCACGAACCUCAUCGAGGCAGCGCGCACACCGCUGCCACACACGCGCCCAUUUGCACAGACAAGCCCCGAGUCGAGCCCGGGACCGAACGCCAUUCUCCCCUGGCCCAAAAUGGUGCUCACUUUACACUUGAAGAACCCUCAUUCAAAGGCCAGUUCCACACCCAGGCUGGUCAGCGUUUACAAACUCCCUCACAGGAACAGCUCAGAGUCAGGACACCCAGCAGCCAUGAAACCCCCUCUGCUUCCUCUUUCCUUGAGAACAGCCCAAGGAAUGCCCAGAUCUUUAGUUGGACUUGCAAUGAUGCCAGUCCAGCCAUGAACUGUAACAUAAGCCACAACCACAGCAAGCCUCAGUACCAGUCCCAGAUGCAGAUGCAAAUGCAGAAUUGUGCGACAGCCCAGGCCUCUUCCCUGCAGGAUGAGAACCAGGCGCCCUCAGAGUCUGGAUGUUCCAGCAGUCCAGACAUGAGUCCCCCUGCUACUGUCCUGCGAGCUCACAGCCCCUCACCUCUGCGUCCCUGCAACAGCUGGAAGAAACAGAACCGCCACUCAUUAGACGCCACAGCGACCAAGGCCUUCCACCCCUGCACUGGCCUGCCUCUGCUCUCCAGCCCUGUUCCUCAGAGGAAAAAUCAAACAGGCUACUUUGACCUGGACACCUCUCUGGUCGGCUGUAAGGGUUUGCCUUGGGCCUCUGGGAAAAGGGUGUGUCCAAAGAGAGAGGGGUACACAGAUGAGUCACAGCAGCUGUUCAGUGCCAGCGCUCCACCUGCCAGUCUCAGUCUGCUGGGAAACUUUGAGGAGUGUGUGCUGAACUACCGCCUGGAGCCUUUAGGGUUAGUGGAGGGUUUCACAGCAGAGGUUGGAGCCAGCGGGUCCUUCUGCCCCAGUCACCUGACCUUACCUGUGGAUGUGUCAUUCUACAGCGUCUCUGAUGACAACGCUCCCUCACCAUAUAUGGGUGUGAUAAACCUGGAGUCCCUGGGGAAAAGGGGCUACCGUGUACCUCCAUCAGGAACCAUUCAAGUGACCUUAUUUAACCCCAACAAGACGGUGGUGAAGAUGUUUGUUGUGAUGUACGACCUACGAGCCAUGCCAGCUGGACACCAGACCUUCCUACGCCAGAGGACCUUCUCUGUUCCCGUUCGCCGUGACACAAACAAUCAGACCAGCAGGAAGCCCCUUGGCCACGGACGCACCUUGCGCUACCUCGUUCAUCUGAGGUUCCAGAGUUCUAAGUCUGGGAAGAUCUACCUCCACAGGGACAUCCGCCUACUGUUUUCCAGGAAGUCCAUGGAGGUGGACAGCGGUGCUGCCUACGAGCUCCAGUCCUUCACAGAGUCCCCCAUCGACCCACCAUUCUCUCCCCGCUGCUGAGGCCCGAUUCUCUCCCGCCUCCACUUCCGAAGUUUCAGUCACAUCUCAAUGCCAGCGAUAGACUCUUACUCAGCCCAUGGCUAGUUGGGAGGGCUCUAAAAGAGAAGCGAUUUAAGGACGGCAGUCAACAAGACUCACCUGGCCUGUGCCCAAAAUCUUAAGUUUCCAUCCCCUCUGUCACGAGGACAGACAAAAGGGUGAGCUAAGUGGCUGGGAGACUCGUCAGAAUGAAACCUUGUUCUCUGUUAAGUGCAUGACCUUGGAUCAGAGUGCGUCAAAGGCAAAGGUUUAUACAGUAUGUUUCAGAUGCCAUUCUCCUGGUUAAGAAGACCUUACCAGAUAUGAUAGGUAGUUCUUUUUCCUGCUGUUGUGUGUAUCCCCUCCAGUGUUUGGCAGUGGAGUGGAGACCAGUGAUUGUCUACAGAAGCAGUUAGACACUUGAAGUAUUUCAGCAGAGUUUAGGCUACUUUGCUCUGUUUACUCAAAUUAAAAAUGUAAUUGGACCUCUACUUGACAUAAUGAAUAAAUGUUCAAUUUCACUUUGUUUCAUUAUAAAUGCAAUACGAGGCCCUUUUAAUGGUAAAAGAUCUGGUUUCAAAUCCUUAAAGAUUCGACUGAUUGAACUGAAAGUGAACUCAGCUUUUCGACCCUGUGAUACCCAAACUCGAAGCAGAGGGAGUGCGUAUGGAAGAGGAAGAAGGUGGCAGACUGUGGAGGAGCGCCAUCCCAUCAUCCAAAAAAAAAAAAAAAAAAAACAUUACCAUGGACCACUGAAGUCGAACAAGCAAUCAGGCUGGAUUCAACUGAAAGCAUUGCAGCAGAACAUCAGAAGUGCACUGUGGAAUUCUUUUCUCAUUAUAACUGGAAAUGAAACAGAAAAUAGUAAUAUUCUAAUACUUUUGUACUGUUACAGAACCACUUUAUUGGAAGUGUUGCAAUAGGAAGAGUAAAAUUAGUUUAGUGUUUACACAUUCACUUUCAGUUUACUUAACCAUCAGUUUAUUUAAUAUUUAAAUUAAUAUUUCAGUUACUACUUGUGACGUCUGUCAUGCUAAGAUGAUGUAGUGCAAACUGUAUAUCAUAGUAUGUAUUUUUGACAUGAAUAUUCAAAUCUGAAAAAAUAUAUAUAUCUUCUAAAGCAUUCUUGAAAGCUGCCUGUCUGUCUCUUUGUGUUAUUAUAUUUCCCACCAUGUUUCCUGUUCUACCACUACAUCUGGAGACCGUCACAGACUGUGGUGGGAUGAAAGGAACACAAUAUGUGACGCCUUCGCUCUUCAAGUAGUAAAAUAUGUCUGCUGACCUGAAGAUCAGAAAAGGAGGAAAGUUGAAAUAAGGAAUCAGGGAUGAUGACACCAGUUUCCACGCUCUUCACAUGUGGCAGGAGCGAUGAGUUGGGUGCAACAGCUAUGUUCUCAGUUCAAACAUUUCACCGAUAGUGACUAUAUUCUGGUACAAAGCAACACUAUGAAUACACCAUCUGAGAUCCAUUUCUG